CAUUCCUGUAUAUGGACACGCCCUUCCCAACCAGGGGGGGGAAAAAAGGCAAAAGCAAGCUGCUCGUGGCUUUAUUGAAUCCAAAGAUCCAUGAGAAUGUUUUUGCUUCCUUGAUGGACUCCCACACGAAAACAGGACAGGUUUUCUUACGACCACGCAAAGCUGGCAAAAAAUGGAAGCCAGUGUUGUUGUCAUUGGUUCCACCCAGCAACAAUGGAGUUGGUCGAUUGGAGAUUCAGUUAAUAGGAGGUGGCAGUGGAGGAAGAGAUCACGUUGCAGGCUUGAAGAAACACUACCAGCCUCAAGAAAACAAAGUCAAAUUGAUCAGACUCUCUGAGCUUAUAAGUGUCCUGAGACUCCCACCAAAUGCUGAAGCCUGUCCCAUGGAAAACAUGUCAGCUUUCUGUGUGGAGUCACAGGAGAGAACAAUGGUGUUUGCUACACAAAAAGAUGACUGCGUGGACUGGGUAGAGAAACUUUGUCAAGGAACCUUUCAGAAGAGCAUUGGCUCAGACACCAAUCAGCUUCAUAUGGAGGAAAAUCAUAUAUAUGCAACAGCAAAUGAUGCCUUGGAGUUUUGUGUGGUGGUACAAAAGACGGAUGCAGCAAUACGUUGUGGACUGCAGGGAUCAUACUGGCUCCAGGUCGGACAAAAGACUCUGCUUCUGAAAGAUACCCAGAAGUUUAACAUUGUCAGACAGUGGCCCUAUGAACUGCUGAGGCGAUAUGGUAAAGAUAAGGUGACCUUAACCAUUGAAGCAGGAAGACGAUGUGACAGCGGGCCCGGAACAUUCACCUUUAAAACACAACAAGCUGAGGAAAUAUUCAACCUGAUUCAGAGCACAAUCAAGCAAAAGACUCAAGCUGUCACAUCGGGUAACCUUCACCAGGAAGAUGACAAAGCUUCAGCACCAAACGUACCAGCUCAUUCCCCUCUCCCCGAAAUACCGGAUAUGACCAGCAAGGCCUGCAUUCUGGAAAACGCAAGGUUACCGAUAAAGACAUCUCCCACCAGAGAGGACAAUAUGGGAUGGCGACUUGGCUCCGCUCAUUCAUCAGCAAAUCAAUUAUCGCAGCCAGCACCAAUCACACUCAUGCCUCUCCCAAUGGUCCCAAACCUGGACAAACCCUCUGGAGAUCUUCACGGUAGUCCACACGAAGCUGAAUACGCCAACCCAGCAGACUGUAUCCAAAAUAUAGCAAAACCUCAAGUUCCCCUGUCUCAUGUCUAUGUCGACCCCGCAAGUGUUCUACCACUUCAUCCUCCAAGUUCAAAAGAAACUAUGAAUCCAAUUGCAGAAUCCGUUUAUUCAGAAGUGUAUGAUAAAGUCAAUCUGACCAAGAAUGAACCAAAUGCCAAUUGGAGCGAACAACAGAUGAAGCAUUUGACAGGGGAUGAACCUAUUUAUACGGUACCUGUAAGCAAGGAAGACGUUUCUGAUCAAGUUGAUGCCAAACCAGACCCAUUCGCGCACCUCUAUGCUCAAGUACAUAAACCGGCCCCAUCAUCGAGUCCCUCUUCAACUCCCCCUCCUCCCUCUUCAUCAUCCUUAGCCAACAGCAUCGCUGCUACCCAAAUCUCUGAUACCCCUCUUGAUGAUGUCAUCUAUGAAAACCUGGGCAUCAUUUGACUCAGCUUGUCUGUUGCUGAAAGCAAAACUCUGAAAGCUGACUGUCCCAAAUCCUCAAUGUAAAUUUAGAAAUGUAGAUAUCUGGUCCACAUUUUCAUUUUCAAUUGUGUAUAAUAUUGCAUGUACGUCUAUUAUAAGCCUAUUGUAAGCCUUUUUAAAUAAAAAUGUUGAUACAAAAACAAACAAAAAAUAAAGCAAGAAUGAACUUCAAUUCGCUCCGGUUUCCU